AGAUAUUUAUAUACACAUAUGGAAAUUUGCAGCGAAAGGCAUCGAUUUCCAUUUUGCGUUGUUUGGACUCCCAUCCCUUUGCUUUCAUGGAUUUGUCCAUUAAUUGGACAUAUGGGGAUUGCAACAAGUAAAGGCGUAAUUCGUGAUUUUGCUGGAAGUUACUCUGUGUCAGAAGAUGAUAUGGCUUUUGGAUGGCCAACCUUUUACAAACAAUUUUCUCCAACCAGUGUUCAUGGAGGUGCAGAAUCUUGGGAUAGGGCAAUAGAUGAAGCAUCCAAUGUUUGCUUUAUCUUUCAAUUCUUAUUUUGAAUUUCACAGGUUUACCUUGAACGAGUGCAUAACCUUUUAUGUGAUAAUUGCCAUUCUUUUGUUGCUUUGGCUUUAAACAAAAUGCAUUAUGGUGGAAGAACAGACUGGAACAUGUUCAAAUUGGUCCUUUACCUCAAUAUUGGAGGCCAUUUUGUUGGAUUUGGCGGUUUCUUGAAACAAUAUUUACCAACUUUAUUUUUCUUUGCUGUGAUAGCUUUAUUUUUUCUUUU